AUGAGAAUUAUACAUGAAACAAAUGUCGGUUAUGCACCACAAUCCAAUGGUGUGGUGGAAAGGAAGAACCGAACUCUUCAAGAAAUGGUUAAUUCCAUGUUGUCAUACUUGAACUUGAGUAAUGGAUUUUGGGGAGAAGCAAUACAAAGAAAUCUACAAAUAAGUACCGAUGGCAAUAUUGGACUUGAAAAUGUUCAACAAGAAAAUCCACAUGAAGAUGAUGUUGAUGAAAAUAAACAAAUUGUCUUGCAAGAUACUCCCUUGGAUGAAGAAGAUAUUCCUAGAAGGAGUAAAAGAAAAGGACAAGCAAAGACUUAUGGUCCCGACUUUCAUGUAUAUUUAGUAGAAGAAGACCCAUUGACGUAUAACGAUGCUAUGGAAUCACAUGUUUGGAAGGAAGUCAAUAAAGAAAUGGAUUCCAUCAUGGGAACUAAUGUAUGGGUAUUAGUUGAUUUACCUCCAUCUUGUAAACUGAUUGGUUACAAGUGGAUCUUUUGA